UUUAAAAUGAUCGCCAGUUGCUUUUGACUGCUACCGUUGCCCAUGGAAACAAUUUAAAUUUAAAAACACUUCGUGGUAAAGCUGUUUCAUCUUUUAUCCUUUUUUAUUAACCUUUAUUAACCUGAACCUAGCUAUAUUUUUAUUGUCUUUGAUUACAUGAAGUUUGAACAGGCCAUUCUAUUGCGGUUGUAGGCCUAUAGGGUCUAACGCUAGGCUAGUUAGUUAGCUAGUUAGCUAGCGUUAGCUAGGCUGUGUGGUGCCAACCUUAUUUUUACAGUCUGUGGUACCAAUUCAACACCUGGAUCAGGACCGACAUUGCACAGCUGACCUGAACAAACCAGCUACCUGGCAGGAGGAGAUCAUGUGGUUCAAGGAGAAGGAGAACCAGGAGAUGAGUGGGGGGGGGAAAUGCAACGCCAAGCCACAGUUGUGAGACAAACUGUGGAAAAAUCACAAUAGCCAAAGUGACUCAACCUGAUGUGCCGGAAGCUCAGGAUACAUUGGUCAAAUGCUGCUGUUGCUGGUGUCCCUGCUCUGCUGUGUCCCUGCAGCCGAGGCCUGUCUGCAGUGUGACCACAGGAUCAGGCUCCUACUUGAGGACUUUGUCCUGUCUGCUCCCACUGUGGACAAUCAGAUUGAAAUGAAAAAGAUUUGUGAUCAUGCAUACAUGACCUACAAAGAGACCAGCCAGGAGCGAAAGGGAGUCAUUGAUCCCACCACUCUGUACAGAGCCAGAACUGAGUACCAGAGUGAAUUUGACCGCUUUUUGAAAACCAAGCAAACUGGAUCUGUAACAUUUGAAGCCAUUCAGAUCCUGGAGAAGGGCAGGAAAAUCCUAGAAAAACACUUGGACACAUUUAUUCGUGAUGGAUUGUGCCCCAACAAGUGUGGUCUUUUGAAACAAAGAGUAAUAGAUUGCUUCUCUUGUCGCUACAAGAUAUACAUCUGUCCCUCUCCCUCUGGCCAGCUGGACUGUGGUGAGUACCCAGUGCUGGCUGAGGAGGGAGGCCAGGCAGUGUUGAAAUGUUUCCUUCCAUGGCAUCGUCUUCUGUUGGAAAAACCAGAGUACCACUACUCCUGGGCCCCCGGCGUGCCAGGAACUGUAAAGCUGAUCGAGAGUAACUUCAAAGCCUUGGUAGUGACAGAUGACUCAUCUGUGGUCUUAAAUCAGCUGCAUAUGGAUGAACAAGGAACAUAUCGCUGCUCUCUGCAAGAUCAACGUGGAACAGUCUUCUACCAAGUCACUUUCCUACUGACAGUCUCCCAUUUACCUGACCAAACACACCGACCCAUGAUCACUCUACCCUCACUCCCCCACAGAGACAACUACUCACCUUUUCAACCUGCUGCGGGCCUGCUGGUGCCAGUCAUUGCCAUGGUUACUGUUUUAAGUCUGGCAGCAAGCGUAGGCCUCCUUGUUGUUCUGGGAGUGAUGAUGAGUCAGAAGAGAGCUGCUGAGGAGCCGAGGAGAAGGAGGAAGGAGGAAAAAAACACACAUAACACAGUGUGAUGAAAAUACUGUAUACAGUACACACACAUACAUACAGUAAAUGCCAGGGAGGUUUUACUUGCUUCAUGUCAGAUAUUUCUCUCAGUGGCUGAAUAAAUUCCCCAACACAAA